CCAGUGAGUGGUGCGCUUAAUUCGAUCGGUCACAAUCGAUCGGGUGAGCGUAACCCGCCCUUGGCAGAGGUGCCAAGGUGCUCUUUGGCAGGCCACUCGCGGCAAGACUCGCGCAAUUCACGGCCAGUCACAGUCGCAGUCACAGUAACGGUGCCGUUGUGCCUCGAACGGACGUUGUGCCCAGCUGCCCGGAAGCCGGAGCUGCCGUGUCUUUUCAAGUGUCCCGGAUCGCUUCCGUCCCGUCCCGUGCCCUUGCCUGGAGCGUCAAGAUGUCGGAUUAUUUUGAUGAUGAGGAGCAGAGAAUGCUGAUCAUGCGCAAAGCAUUCCAGAUGUUUGACACGCAGAAGACGGGCUUCAUCGAGACGAUCAAGAUCUCGACCAUUCUCAACACGAUGGGCCAGCUGUUCGACGAGGGCGAGCUGCAGGACCUGAUCGACGAGGAGGACCCGGAAAGCACGGGCCGCGUUAACUUCGACGGCUUUGCCAACAUUGCCUCCAACUUCCUGCAGGAGGAGGAAGACGCGGAGGCGAUGCAGCAGGAGCUGAAGGAAGCCUUCCGGUUGUAUGACCGCGAGGGUAACGGCUACAUCACCACCAGCACGCUGAAGGAAAUUCUGAAAGCACUCGACGAUAAACUGUCCAGCGAGGAUCUCGACGGCAUCAUCGGGGAAAUCGAUACGGAUGGUUCCGGCACGGUAGAUUUCGAUGAGUUUAUGGAGAUGAUGACAGGUGAAUAAGCUGCGACCAAUCCAACCGAUACAAACACACAACACGAAACGAGCGCGAGUGUGUCAAUUUUCCACCGUCACUACCAGCACCAACUACCAGCCAGCCUUUCCAACUGUAAAACUGGAACGUGAAACUGUAGCAAACUGUCUCCCCCCGGAGCGGACGACUAACUAAAGUGUGCGCCGAUUGCACCCCUGCUUUUUGGGUAGUGUUCGUGUGUGAGUGUGUUUUGUUAGCUAUUGUUUAAAACACUCUCCUUAAACUGUGCUGCUGCCCCCAGCGACUUGUGUAUAUCAUCCACGUGUCUCUUUUACCGUAAAGAAAUAAAUGGAAAACUUGUCCCCCUUUUGAACAAAAACAGCUUAAA